AAUUAUUUGGAUGCACCAAAGGUUUCUCCGUCCCAAAACCGCCACAGUGCAUGAAUGCCUUGGGCAUGGAAAACGGUAAUAUACCUGACUCCGCUAUCUCUGCAUUUAGCUCAUCCAACGCUAACAGCCAUGCCCCUUCCGUUGGCCGACUUCAUUUUCUUAUGUCUGGCAGUGGAAAAUAUGGCAGCUGGGCUGCUGGAGCAAACAAUUUAAUGCAAUGGUUUCGGGUUGAUUUUGGCCGUUGGACAAAAGUUACAGCUGUCGCCACACAAGGGAGACAGGACUCCAAUCAAUGGGUUAAAAAGUACAGCCUUUCGUACAGCUAUAAUGAAGUGUUUUGGGCAACGGUUAAAAACGAACAAGGCUCAAAACAGGUCUUCAAUGGCAACUCCGACCGAUACACGGUUGUGAGGAACUUGCUGGACCGACCAGUUGUAACUCGGUACAUCCAGAUUCAUCCUGAAGAGUGGUAUGGACAUGUGUCCAUGAGAACGGAAUUUUACGGUUGCAUUGAAGGCGUCGAAGCUCCUAAGAUAGAAUGUUUUUCGGCUCUGGGAAUGGAAAACGGCGCGAUUCCAGAUUCGGCCAUCGUAGCAUCAUCGCGUUACAACCAAUGGUGGGGACCUGAACGCGGAAGAAUGAACGAGAAGAAAGAAGGUAGCUUUAAUGGAGGCUGGACUUCCCAAUACCGGGACGAUAAGCAGUUCCUGCAGAUUGACCUGCAAAAAGUGACCAACGUGACCGGGAUCGCUACACAAGGGCGCUAUGACGCAGGCUGGUGGUCAAAGACCUAUACCUUGGAAUACAGUGUUCAUGGGGAAGCUUUUGUACCAUACAUUAGUGGGAAUGAGGUUUUCCACGGCAAUUACGACUACAAAACUGCCGUUGGCCGGAUUAUUGACCCACCCAUCAUGGCUCGCUACAUCAAAAUCAACGUCAAAACAUAUCAAGGAUAUCCCUCGCUGAGGGUGGAGUUAUAUGGGUGCUCUGUCGAUGGUGAUUCAGUCCCAAAAGCGCCACAAUGCAUGGAGGCCUUGGGUAUGGAAAGCGGUGAGAUACCCGACUCUGCUAUCUCUGCAUCAUCCUCAGCCAACGUUAACAGUCAUGCCCCUUCCGUUGGCCGCCUUCAUUUUCUUAUGGCUGGCAGUGGAAAAUAUGGCAGCUGGGCGUCCGGAACCAACAAUCUGUUGCAAUGGUUACAGGUUGAUUUUGGAGACUGGAGAAAAAUUACGGCUGUUGCUACACAGGGAAGACAGGACUCUAAUCAGUGGGUUAAAUUGUACAGCCUUUCUUUCAGCUAUGAUUCUGUGUUUUGGGAAGUUGUAAACAACGAGCAUGCUUCAAAACAGAUUUUUAAAGGGAACUUUGAUCGAUACACAGUGGUAAGAAACACCUUGUACAAACCAGUUAUAACCCGAUAUAUUCGAAUUCAUCCUGAAGAAUGGAAUGGACACAUCUCAAUGAGAACAGAGUUUUAUGGCUGCAGUAAAGGUAAAUGA